AUGAGGAGGAUGCUCUGGAGCCUCAUAGCCAUCGCCAUCGCAUGGACACUACAUGGGGCUACCGCGUUGGGCUGUGGCAGUCAGGGGGAGGAGCUUCGCGAGAGGAGGGGCGUGGUGCUCAGUCCUGAUUGGCCAAAGCGAUAUCCCCCCGGAAUCAACUGCAGCUGGAGUAUACAGGCGGACAGAGGAGAAGUCAUCACCAUCAGUUUUCGUGAUUUCGAGGUGGAGUGGUCGGAGGGGUGUGUGCGUGACUGGCUGGGUGUGUCUGGCGAGGGGGGGUCAGAGUGGCGUGUGUGUGGCGACCAGCUGCCCCCCCCUCUCAUCAGCACACACACACACCUCACGCUCCUCUUUCACACACACACACUCUCCGCCGGCCAGGCACAGGGCUUCCGCCUCUCCUACAUCAGGGGGCGUCUGGGCCGCAGUGUGUGUGACACAGGGGAGUUCCUGUGCUCCAAUGGGAAGUGUCUUCCUGAGUCCUGGAGAUGUAACCAGAUGGACGAGUGCGGGGACCAAUCAGACGAGGACGGCUGCGAGGAAGACCCGCCUACCGAGGAACCUGAUUGGCCAAUGAGGGAUGGGGGAGGAGCCUUGACCUUUGACCUCUGUCCUGUGGGGUCGCUGGCCUGUCGAGUCGGUCCGACCACGCGCUGCAUACCGGCCGAACAGCGAUGUGACGGAGUACAGGACUGCCCAGAUGGCCUAGACGAGCUCUCCUGUGCCCCGCCCCUCUGGGGUUCUAACUCCGCCCCUUGCGCUCACCGCCUGCGAGGAUUCUACGGAACCUUCGUCUCCCCUGACUACCUGCGGUCGCCCCCGGUUACAGGGUCAGGGGUCACGGUGGGGGAGCAGGAGUGUGUGUGGACGCUGGACUCUGGAGACCAACGCCCCCUACUGCUGAAGGUGUUGUUGCGGCUGGCCGAGGGGGAUCAGCUGCGGGUGUUUGACGGCCUCUCUACUCAGCCACAGCACCUCCUGCUGGACAUGGACCGCAACUACAACACGCACGCACCGCAGCUACAGUCCACUAGGGGGCAGAUGACGCUGGUGUACCGCACCACUGAGGAGAGCAGAGGGAGAGGCUUUAGUGCAUCCUACAGAGCUAAGGGCUACUGUUUCCCGGGUGACAGCCCGUGUGGUGGUGGUGGUGAUGACAUCAUCGGUGCCCCUGGUGACGGUCGUUAUGGCGACGGUGAGGAUGAGGACGGUGACGGUUGCUUCUCAGAGCGGCAGCGGUGUGACGGCCACUGGCACUGCCCCAACGGGAGAGACGAGCAGGGCUGCACCCAGUGCCCUCGGGGGGAGUACCCAUGCCAAGCACAGGGCACCGGUGGAGUGGUGGUGUCGUGCUACAGGGCUGAUCAGCGGUGUGAUUCCCAGCAGCAGUGUCUAGGGGGCGCCGAUGAGCGUGCGUGUCGUAGCUGCCAGGAGGGGGCGAUCAUGUGCCACGCUACUCAACACUGCCUCCUAGAGACAUGGAGGUGUGAUGGGCAGGAUGACUGUGGUGAUGGGAGUGAUGAGAGGGGUUGCCUAGCGACCGUGCCUCGCAAGCUGAUAGCGGCGGCCGUGAUUGGCUGUCUGGCUGUGAGCCUCCUAUUGGUCAUCGCACUGGCCUGCGCAUGCCGACUACACACACUACGCAACACACACUACAGGGCGUUCGAGACCCAGAUGACGCGUCUGGAGGCGGAGCUAGUCCAGAGGGAGGCCCCGCCCUCUUAUGGUCAGCUGAUCGCACAGGGACUCAUCCCACCUGUAGAGGACUACCCAGCACACACACCUAACCAGGUGUGUGUGCUGUCGUCUCUGCGCUCAGCUGUGUGUCGUCAUCUUCGCCGCUCCUCUUCUCGUCGCCGCCUGCGUCGCCUGUGGACACGCCUCCUGCGCAGAAGAACACGCCCACCCGGACGAGGACACACCCCUCUGCUGAGCAGGCCGCUGCACACCUCCAACAGCCACGCCUCCUUCCCCCUCACAAGCCCCUCCCCCUCCUCCAGUGCAGACAUGCCAUUGGACAAUACUGCCUUCAGUACAACGUUGCUAUUGGCCAAUGUCCCCAUUAGCCCGCCCUCCCCCUGCUCCAGCACAGCCCUGGGAUUGGCUGCCCUACGCCAUGAGGCCGACGCCCCCUCGUCCAGGCGGAGCCCCAGGAUUGGUCCUCUGCUGUUCAGGCACCGCCCCCCAGCCAGGAGGCGGGCGUUGGUAUUGGCUGAGCAGCUAAGGGGCGUAGCCUUGGUUCGCUUCCCCUCUCGAGGCCACUCCCCACUCACCUCUCCGGACACACCCACUCCCACACUAGCCAAUCAGGAGGCCGCGUGUCACAGACAGCAGAGGGGCGGGGCCAGGGGACCUGUGGUCUGCAUGGAGAUGGAGUCUCAUUGGAGCAGAACCUCAGGGGGGCGGGACUCUACUGAGCUGCCAAUCACAUCCGGGGAGGACGAGGAAGGAAUCUCACUGGUCACAUGACCACCGAUCUAUCUCUCUAUCUCACUUGAUUGGACACCAGGGCUCCAGUCUAUCCAGCUGAAUCUGGAUUUAAAGCAUUUCAAUUGCAGAACG